CUUUCUUCAGCAAGACUGGUCUUGUUUGAGUUGCCCUAAUUUCGAGAUAUCCUGUGCACUGGUUGCACUUGUUUUGUUUUUGUCCUUUGUUGUUCUACUAUACUUUUAAUAUCGUCUUUACGACCCCCCCACAUACUCAAAAAAUCAUACUUGUCAGACGAGCUGUGCUCUCUGUCUAUCCCCCCCUAUAUUCAGUGUUCAGGAUAUCUCUUGAUUCUUCAAUUUACUUUCGGUUCUCAUAUCGUCGCCGGUCGACGUGUUUGGUGCUCCGUUCAACUCAACAACCUUGCUCAGCCUCGCAUUUCCCGCCAAGGCUUCUUGAUAUCAUUCUUCUGUGCGUGUCGUGGACUGGAUCCCGUCAAUAGCUGCGCCAUCCAACAUCCAACAACCAACAACUACAAGAUUCCACUCUGGUAGUGCUUCUUGCAGUCUGUUCUUCCUUAUAUUCGGAAGGCCUCGACACGAUUAUCUAUUGCAUUUGCAUAUCUAUAUCUACUUGUUUGUUACGCCCAUUUAAUACUUAGUUCUGUCAACCUGCGCAAUGACUGCCGUUCAGUUGAAGUUUUCGCUGCGCACUUCGUCCAAUGUCAAGACGGUCCAUUUGCUGGGCUCGUGGGACAACUACUCGCGCCAGAUUCCCUUGUCGCGCGAUGACUCCAAGUCGGGCUCGUGGAUCGGCAAGUUCCGCUUCCAGACCUCCAUGCUGAAGUUGGGCCAGCGCUACUGGUACUACUACAUCAUGGACGGCUACCACGUGUCGCACGACCCCGCCGUCGAGUACACCGUCGAGCCCACCACAGGCCGCAAGCUCAACAUCCUCGACGUCCCAGGCGGUACCAAGAAGUCGUCGAGCUCGUCCGCCGCCAAGCACAGCUCGCGCCGCACCUCAGGAGACGUCGUGACCGGCCGCGCGCCCUCGCCCUCCAAGAUCCACCACCCGAAGCCGUCCAAGCCGUACGCGUCGCGCCAAAUCCGCGAGGCCGACUUCGCCCCCACCAUGGAGGACCUCACGCGCCGCUUUGCCGGCUCCCGCAUGUCAGACGAGUACUCGUACUCCAACAGCCCGCCCAGCUCCGUCGGCUCGUCGCUCUCGUCCCGCUCGUCGGGCAGCACGUCCCCGUCGUCGCUGUCGUCCAUGAGUGACCCGCCCUCGCCUAUCUGCCACUGCGAGCGCUACGGCAUCACCCGCAAGGGUGACCGCGUCAAGCUUGAUUGCGGUGGCUCCCGCUGUGGAUACGUCACUGAGUCGUCUGAGGCGAGCUGCUCUGAGUCGGAUAGUGAUGAGGAGUACCGUCGUGCCCGCAGUGCUGUCCGUCGUCAGGGUAUCGUCGUCCGGAGGUAGAUCUUUUUAGCAUACUUGGUUUUUAUGAACCUUGGUCUAUUACCUCUUUCCGCGUGACUGCGGAGUGCCCGUCAAGCGAGCAGCGGCAAUGCCUGGAAUAGUCUAUUCGCGACUAUGCUGCUUACAGCUGUGAUGCACACAAAAAGAAAAAAACACCAAAAAAAAGAGGAGAAGGAAGGGCCGGCCCGCACGCGCCUGGAUACCUUCGAGGGGUUGAAGAGGGGUUUCAAGAGAGGAUGAGGGGAGGAAGAGUCGAGUCAGAGAAGAGAAGAGAAUGAGGCUUGGUAUAAACAUACCACAUGUGGAAGCGAGGGGGAAGCCAGUGAGGAGGAAGAUACCGAGGAAGGAAGAAAGAAAGAAAGACAAUCACCACCCUGCUACGACCAAACAAGCCAAGAAAGAAGAGAACGCAGUGGCAGCCCGGUGGAAAAACAGAUGAUACGAGAUCAUAUGAGAUGGAUGAGAUGAGAUGAGAUGAUGACGAUAACGGCAUGAUAGCAUGAACGGGAUCCAAUAGCGCCAGUCUGGUUCGCAGGGCUGGGAUAGGUCAAUAUAAGAACACGCUGUUGGAAAGUAUUAUGAAUAUGAAUGUUUUCAUUUGGUCACUAUUAGGGAUGGCAAGUCUACUGUAGUGAUGAUAAUAGCAUCGUAGCGAGGGGGUAAUGGUUUAGAUGCAGAUAGGGCAGUUUCGACGGAGCCCUAAGCCAAUACUCUUAUUGCUGGCUAAGCUGUGCCAUUU